GGGCGCGGGCUACGGUGGCGCGCGGAGCGGUGCAGCGGAGCGACCGCCUGCCUUCGCAGGUAUGCAAAGAAGCCUUUUCACCCAGAUGUCCCUAGAAAUAAUAUGGAUCAGUCCGGAGUUCUCCUCUGGGUGAAAGCAGAACCCUUUAUAGUGGGUACCUUGCAGAUCCCCCCUCCAUCCAAGUUUAGUCUUCACUAUCUCAGGAAGAUAUCCACCUAUGUGCGAACCCGGGCAACAGAGGGAGCCUACCCACGCCUCUACUGGUCUACAUGGAGGCACAUUGCAUGUGGGAAGCUGCAGUUGGCUAAGGACCUGGCAUGGCUUUACUUUGAAAUAUUUGAUAGCCUUUCGGUGAGGACACCUGAGGAGCGACUGGAAUGGUCUGAGAUUCUGUCCAACUGCAUAACUGAGGAUGAAGUUGAAAAGCAGAGAAAUCAGGUUUCAGUGGACACCCUACAGUUUCUGCUCUUCUUAUACAUACAACAGUUAAAUAAGGUCUCCUUGAGGACAUCUUUGAUUGGAGAAGAGUGGCCUAGUCCCAGAAAUAGAUCUCGGUCUCCUGACCUGACUGAAAAAUCCAAUUGUCAUAAUAAGAACUGGAAUGAUUAUAGUCACCAAGCCUUUGUCUGGGAUCAUCUAUCAGAUCUUCUUGAGCUGCUUUUAGAUCCAGAACAACUCACUACAUCAUUUCAUUUGACCCGUAGUAGUCUAGUGUCUCAAGAAGCUGUUGUGGCACUCAGCUUUCUUAUUGAAGGUACAGUAAGUAGAACCAGGAAGAUCUAUCCACUUCAUGAACUUGCACUGUGGCAACCACUGCAUGCAGAAAGUGGCUUCUCAAAGAUCUCUAAGACUUUCUCUUUCUACAAGCUGGAAGCCUGGUUGAGAUCCUGUUUGACUGGGAAUCCAUUUGGUACAUCUGCUUGUCUCAAGUCUGGAAAGAAAUUGGCUUGGGCUCACCAAGUUGAAGGGACAACCAAAAGAGCUAAGAUUGCUUGUAAUACUCAUGUGGCCCCUAGGAUGCAUGGCAUGGUGGUGAUGAGCCAGGUUUACAAGCAGACGUUGGCCAAGAGCUCAGAUACGCUGCUGGGGGCACAUGUAAAGAUUCAUCGGUGCAACGAGUCUUUUAUAUAUCUGCUCUCCCCCUUACGAUCUGUGACAAUUGAGAAAUGCAGGAAUAGUACCUUUGUCUUGGGCCCUGUAGAGACUACUCUUCACCUACACAAUUGUGACAAUGUUAAAGUCAUUGCUGUUUGCCACCGUUUGUCUAUCUCUUCUACCACAGGGUGCAUCUUUCACAUUCUGACGCCUACGCGCCCACUUAUUCUCUCUGGGAACCAGACAGUAACUUUUGCCCCUUUUCAUACCCAUUACCCAAUGCUAGAGGACCAUAUGGCCAGGACGGGCCUUGCUACAGUGCCUAACUAUUGGGAUAAUCCAAUGAUUGUGUGCAGAGAGAACAGUGAUGCUAGUGUCUUCCGGCUCUUACCACCUUGUGAAUUCUAUGUAUUUAUUAUUCCCUUUGAAAUGGAAGGGGACACAACAGAGAUACCUGGGGGUCUUCCAUCUGCAUAUCAGAAAGCACUUGGUCAAAGAGAACAGAAGAUACAAAUCUGGCAGAAAACUGUGAAGGAGGCUCGUUUGACAAAGGAUCAGAGGAAGCAGUUCCAGGUACUUGUGGAGAACAAGUUUUAUGAAUGGUUGAUUAAUACAGGACAUCGCCAGCAGCUGGACAGCCUUGUCCCUCCUGCAGCAGGCUCCAAACAAGCAGCAGGAUAGGGAUCCUACAUCAAAAUACUGG